CUGCUAACAAAAAAUACAGCCUAUCAUUCAUAGUUAAAAGUCGCUCGGUUGAAACGUUUACGAGCUUAAACAGCAUUUAGGUGACAACAAAUCAAAAUUUUGAUGUCACCUUUAUGUUCAGCAUAGUUUUUUUGUUAACUGUGCCAAAUUUUGUCGAAAAUAAAGUAGUUUUAUUUUUCGGAGUAAUUUUGGCCUAAAAUGACAUUAAGGUAAAAUUUUAAUGUCACCAUCAUGUUCGGCAUACUUUUUUGGUUAACUUUGCCAAGUUUUGUCUAAAAUAGUUUUAAUUUUUGGACCAAUUUUGCCCUAAAAUGACAUUUAAGUUACAAAAAUCAAAAUUAUGAUGUCACUAUUAUGUUCAGCAUAUGUUUUUGUUAACUGUGCCAAAUUUUGUCGAAAACAAAUACCAAUUUUGGCUUGAAACGUCAUAUAGAUGACUUCCAAGUACUUAGAGAGUUUAGGUAUGAAGUUUAUUGUUGCAAUUGAUUAUUUCGGACAUAGUUAGUUACGAGUUAGUAAAAAAAAGAAAAGAAAGAAAUAAUAGUUACCAAGAUGAGAUUCGAACUCACGACUACUCCCAUGUCGGUGCUCAGAAAGGCAAAAACUUCCAUUCUUGUAGGACACAUUUGCGUUUUAAUACAAGCUCAUGAGCUUGUAAUAAGACCCACAUUACCAUGGAAUGUAUUCUAAUUUUUAUAUCAGGUAUACACUAUUGCACCAUAUUUCUUUAUAGAUCAAUAAUACAAAUAUGUGGCCAUUAAUCUUAGCUGGUCUUCGAACUUAUUCACCAUACAUUGUCUUUCCAGUUGCACUUGUUGUUGGAACUGUUGGGUGUUUUACUGAAUGGCACUUUUCUGAUCGAAGAAGAGGAAAGAUACAAGCUCCUAGUACACUAGAUGCAAGACAGGAGCGCAAACUAAAGGAGAAAUCUUCAAGUGAUGUAGAUGAUCUGAAAGUUCAAAUUUUAGAUCGCAACUUGAAGAAUCCAGAUAUUUAUAAAAGUUGAUUUGGUGUUUAACAUUGAAUGCAACUCCGUAAAAAUUAGCAAAAGAUCAGAAAAUCUAAUAUCAGAUUAAUGUCAUGUCUGUUUGCAACACAGUCAGUUUUUUGUGCUUUACAAAAUUGUUUUUAUAAACUUGUAUAUUUAAUAAUUCUCUGUUUUUAGAAUAUGAAAAUUAUUUUAUUCUUUGUA